AUGGCUGGGGCGCUAGCUUACAAAGCAGCAGGCUAUGUCCGGAGCAAGGACUUAGGAGACUAUCUCAUGAGUACGAACUUCUGGGGCCCAGUUGCCAACUGGAGUCUCCCCAUUGCUGCUAUCAAUAACAUGAAGAAAUCUCCAGAGAUUAUCAGUGGGCGGAUGACUUUCACUCUCUGUUGCUGUUCAUGAGAUUUGCAGCCUCGAAACUGCCGCCAUGUAGCAAGCGAAGCAGUGCAGCUCAUUCAGGGUGGACGACUUAUGAACUAUGAGAUGAGUAAGAGGUCAUCUGCGUAG